AUGUUUCCUACACUUGAGAGAACAAGUCAGCUGAAGGAAAAUGGACGCCCAUCAACCGAGACUGCUGUAAACAAUGCCCCCACAACUAGUAGUUUGGAACAAUUACUGACGCCGUUACAACCACGUACAAUUCUUUUGAAAGAUGGAGAAACGAUAGCUACGAUGUAUCCAAUACCUGCAGUUCCAUCUUUCUUACCUCAUGAGCUGUUGAUGUUUCUAUAUGACGAAUUUAAUAUGGAAAUUGAAAAAGGUGAUAGUUUCCCAUAUUACGACACCUUAACGUUGGAAGAAUUCGAGGAUAUAUGGUUUCACAGUGAGGGACAUGUAUGUAUAAUGGUUUUAGGGGAAAUUCCUGAGUUGGAUUAUGGUGCAGAUAGUGAAGAUUCCUAUAGUGCUAACAAUAACGAUGAGAUUGAUACUAUGAGAAAUACUAAUCAAUAUCGCCGACGCAAAGAGAUAAGAAAUCUUAAUCUGGAUAUCCAGUGGGAAAAACAAUGCCUUGGAGUCUUUGGAUUACAGCCUGCAUAUCCAGGUCGUUCAGCACACGUUGUGACAGGCUCAUUCCUAGUGAACGCUGGUAUUCGAGGUAAGGGAAUUGGUAAAACGCUGGUUGAAACUUUUGUAGAAUGGUCUAAAAAACUUGGUUUUACAUCUUGUGUUUUCCCAUUGAUAUAUGGUACCAAUGUUGGUAUUAGAAGGAUUUUAGAAGGUUUAAAUUUUAGAAGAAUUGGUAAACUGCCGGAAUCUGGCAUUCUGAAAGGUUUUGAUGUUCCUAUUGAUUCCUUCAUUUAUGGGAAAGAAUUUACACAUAUUACAAAAAGUAUUGAUUUGCUGAAAGAUCCACAGAAGGGUAAUGAAGUGGCGAAGUAUGAAAGAUUGAAAUAUUACCUUGAAACUGGUAAAUAUCCAUUAAACUGUGAUCGAAAUGAAAAGGCAAGAAUUAGAAUGACCGCUAAGAAACAUUCACUAUUGAAUGGUAAACUAAUGACUAAUGAUCGUGAAGUAGUAUAUGAUCCUGAUAAGCAGAGACAGAUUGCAUUGGAAGCACAUUUGGUGGAUCAUCAGGGCAUUAACAAAGUAACCGCUAAAAUAGUUGAAAAAUAUCAUUGGAAGGGAAUAAAACAAACUGUUUCUGAAGUUAUUGCGCAGUGUACGAAGUGUAAGAUACGAUACCAAGAUGGUACUGGGGUGAUUGUGACACCGAGUGAUUCUGUUAUUCAGGCGCAUAUGUUACCUACACAGACUGUGGAUACAGAAAAAUUGAGGCACACUAAUGAUAAUGUUGGAUUGGUUAAUUCUACUGGGUUAGAAAAUGGGAGCUCUGGGAGUGUGGGGAAUACAUUCAAGCGGCUACAGCAUAAAAGAGAAAGUAGUGGACAACAACAGAAUUUAGAAAAGCGCCAAGGUAAUAAGCGACCCGGUAUUUUCAAUGAAGGUGAACCGACACCGUCAGAUGCAGCGAAUACGCACGGUCCUCUGUCUUCUGACUUUAACCUUAUUAACUCUGCGGAUAACGACAGAAUGUUGGCACCGAAAGCUGUGGAAACCGACGAUAGAAUACGUAAGGAGAAUAAUCAAUUUAUGAACACUUUCAAUGAACUAGUAAAAAAGGACGGUGGAACGAAAAGAAGGAGAUAUCUUGAUGCUGCUACAAAUGCAAUGGUAAACAAAGACAACACUACUGCUGAUGUUACGGUCAGUAGUAGCAAGAGUAGUGCGAAGAAAGUGACCACUUACAACACAACUCACAAUAAUUUAAACUCAAUUCUUGAAAAUGACAGUACUAAUAUAAUGAAUGAUGCAAUGUUACAUUUAGAAGAUAAUGUUAUGGCAGCAUUGGAGAUGGUUCAAAAAGAACAGAGGGAAGAAGAAAAGCGACAAGAACAAAGCAUUGAUGAUUUUUUCAAUACAUUUAUUGCAAAUUACCAAGAAGAAGAAGAUGCGGAUUAUGAAGAAACCAUGGCAAGAGACGGUGAUGAAGAAGAUGAUGAGGACGAGGAUGAGGAAGAUGAAGAGGACGACGAAGAAGCCGUCGACGACGAUGAUGGUGAAUACGACGAAGGACGGACAGCCCACGACAGUUCCAUAAUCUAUGAAGACACUCAACGUAAGUACUACUAG